AUGGCCAGCACUGAUGAAAGAAGUUUUUCUGUUUCAAUUGAUAGGUCGGAGAAGAGGAAAAUGGUCAUAGAAAGAUCAAAUGAAGAUAGCAGAAGCAGUACCGAGCCUGAUAUUAUAGCCGAUCAACGUGAAUGGUCUACGACGAUCACAAAGCCAUCAGGGUCCUGUCCACAGUGGUUGCUGCCCAUAUUAUGUGAGCAAGAAACCACUUCUGAAAAAAAUGCAAUUGAUAAGGUUCCAAUCACAAUUCGGCAGGGCACUGAAAAACGCAAGGAUUGCUUUAAUCCCAUGGUGGUCUCCAUUGGUCCUUAUCACAAUCAGGACAAAGAUAAAGAAGGCAACCCAAAGUUUGCCAGAGUGGAGAAACUCAAGGCUUCAAUAGCAAAGGAGUUCAUUGGUGGAAAGACUGAAGAAUUAGUGAAAUUUGAGGAGGUGGCUCACAAGGCGAAGGCAUUUUAUGAUAAGACUUCGACAGCAAAUUUAAGUAAUGAUCAAUUCACAAGAAUGAUGUUCCUUGAUGGUUGCUUUGUUCUUCAUUCCAUUGAUUGUAUCUUAAAUAAGUCCUAUAAUACAAGGAUGAAGACUGAUCAGACAGCUUUUGUGUUAAGGGACUUGUUCUUGCUGGAGAACCAAUUGCCCUUUCUGGUUCUUGAGGCAUUGAUGAGCUUCAAACCCAGUAAAAGUGAAUGGGAAGAACUCAUCCACAAAUUUGUACUGAAGCCACUUUCGCUCGAAAGGAAAAUUCCUAAAGAGAAGGUUGAAUGGAAACACCUCCUUGACCUACUCCACAUGAAGCUCAUUUGUAAUACUGAUCAACAGAGGAAGUUGUCUGAAGGUUCAAAAAUGCCCUAUGAUGAUUGGCAGUCAUUUCGUUCAGUCAUUGAGCUUAAAGAAGCAGGGAUCAAGUGCAAGAAGAUCAAGGGUGGGAGCUUUAGAGAUGUUAGUUUCAAAGAUGGCCAUGUUCGUGCUAAUCUCUUCCUUCCUCAACUCGUCGUUGAUGAUUUUACUAAGUCAAUACUCUUGAACUUGGUAGCAUAUGAAGCAAGCCCUGAUGGUCCCAGUGACUAUGUGGUUGCCUCAUUCAUUGUUUUCCUGGAUGCACUUAUUGAUCAUGCUGAAGAUGUGAAGGAGCUGAGAUCUAAAGGCAUAAUCCAUAAUUUACUUGGAAGUGACCAACAAGUGGCUGAUCUUUUCAAUGAAUUGGCAAACAACUUGGUGCCAAGCUCUUCCGAAUAUCUUGACAUUAAGAAAGGGAUUGAGACCCACUGCAACAAGAUUGUUCCUAAAUGGAUGACAGACCUUUGGAGUACACAUUUCAGUAGCCCCUGGACUGUUUUUGCCUUCUUUGUUGCAGGAAGUAUCAUCAUUCUCACCUUUGCGCAGACCUACUUUUCCAUAUUCCCCAGAGGAGGUGGAGGGGAAGGAGAACGGAAAGCUCCAAUUCCCUCAAGGAAACUUCACUCCUUCUUUGACUAG